GUUGGGGACUGAGCCCCUGGCUGUGGGUCACAGUCUGUCCCUGUCCUGCAGUGUCCAAGCUGCACUCAGGGGCUUCAGCCUGGGAUCGGCUGCUGGCACUUUGAUUUCUGCUCCCCGUCACCAGCUGCAGUGGUUUUCAGUCCCUGCUGUGAUGUGCCAGAGAAGCCCCUGAGAGCUCCGUAAUUCCUGCUGGAGUGGAGAGCUCUCAGAGCCAGCUUGGGCAUCUGAAGGACUGGAAAGUCAUCUCUGAUCAGACAGCCGAGCUGCCUAAUUAUGCCAUGAUAUUUUCCACCAGAAUAUCUGCUGUGGAGGAAAUUAUCCAUCCCCCUUCUCUUGUAGGCUAAUAAGACGCAUAAAUUUGGGGAAAUUCUUAGUGGAGGAUUGCAGAAAAGAGUUGAAAAUAAGCUGGGAUUGUUUGUGGUUGCUCGGCAGACCGCUGCCAAGCACGGUCACGGAUCCUUGUUCAGCCCGCCUGGGUACACCGGGGUAAUCCCACCAGAGAAGUUUGUUUUGCUUCAGCCCUCCCGGUGCCUGCGGCUCUCAUGCAGGAGGCAGAGCGGGGCUGUUCUGCUGGCAGGAGCAAAGGUGUGCUGCAGCGGUGGGGAGAGUCCGGAGCACAGCGGGAGGGAGAAGCUGUGCUCCCCGAUGGCAGCCGUCACCACCUGCCUCUCUGCCUCUCCUGCUGCCCCACGGCGGUGCGAGAGCUUCCCCAUGGUGGUGGCAUUGGAUGGGCAGCGGUGGGGCUGUGUCCAUCCUGGCCAGGCAGGCAGGAUGAUCCCCAGGGACAUGGCACUUUGUCCCGCCGGGUGCUGCUGGAGCGGGGCUGGUACCACAGGCUCCCAGCCAGCCUCCCGCUUUGCACAGCAAAUUGAGCGAGUCCCUUUGUUCCCUUCCGGCGGCACUCAGAGCAGAGCUGGCGGAGCUGCUGGGAGCAUCUCGGUGGGAAACGCUCACUGUAAGCUGUUUUUUGCAAAGAACAGAGCACUUCUGUGCUCACAAACUCCUUUUUAAACUGCAGAUCUUUCCUCGUAAUUAGCCUGCCUUGGUCUGCAUAGCCAUAAUUAUUCCAGCUGGCCUUAAAUCCUGACUACCGUGCAUUGAGAUGGGUCUUGCGGCAUUUGCAAUUAUUUUUAGGGUGAACAUUUGAAUAUAUUUACAUGACUGAAGCAGAUCAAGAUAGCAGGAAGGAGCAGAGGAGCACUUGUCUUUUUAAUAGGUCUGACUCUGCACUUGGUGCUGCAAAAACGCCAGAGCUGUUUGUUGUUCCCUCUGAUUUACAUCUAAACAAAUGGACCAGCAUUUGACUUUUUGACUUUUAUCUAGUAUAUGGGCAUGCAUUUGAAACUGUUUAACCUUGGUAUGUUGACUAAGCAGUUGGCCAGGAUGUUAACCAUGGUGCUAAAAAUAAUUUUGGUGGUGAUGUUACUUAGCUGCUGGGAUGGGAAAACACAUACCUGGGCAGGCAGAGAGGCACUGCCUCUGUGUCGUGGUAAUCCGAUGGCUUGAGCAGAAUAAAAGCAGAGCGGGUAGAUGGUGAGCAGCUCAGCGCUUCACCAGUCUGGGUAGGUGGAGUGGGAUGUCAGGGGCUGGAAGGGGAACAGAGUGAGUCCUCGAGUGCAGGGCCAGUUCUGCUGGCAGGUAGGGCAGGGGCAGCGAGGCUGCCUGGCUCCCUGCUGCCAAGGGGCUUUGCACAGGCCGCUGCUAAAUUUGCUCUUUCGUGGAGAGAGUUGAGAGGAGAAAAUGUUUUUCUGAAGCAGUUCUUUGGAUUGUCAGCAAAACAAAACACAUGGACGUCCCGUUCCUUCCACUCCAUUCAGCUCCCGCCCCAGCCACAUAAUCACAAAGAACUUGAAAUCCCUGGGUGAGCCCAGGGGAGGAUUGCAAAACCUGUACUUGCAAAUGGAGCAGAAGAGGGGGAGGGCAUGGGAAGCAGUGCCAGUGUUCGCAGGAGUCCCUCUAGGGCAGGCAGCAGAGCAGGAGACUUGGAGAAACUGCAGGCUUCCUGCUGGAUAUCCUACUGAGACGCAGAAAACCCAAAAAGCCUUAUUGCCAGAUGAAGUCUCCAAGGAUUUUUAGGUAAGAUGCCCGUUGGGUUGAACACUUGCUAGCUGAAAGCUGAAGCGUGGUCACCAGCCUGUGCAGAGGAGAACAGGAUGCGGGUCACCAUGAGGAGGGUGUUGCUGGUGUUGGGCUCAGUGGUCGCCCUGAUGGUGACUCUGCACCUUGGCCAGCAAGUCCUGGAGUGCCAGCAGGUCCUGAGUGAGAGGAGACACAGGCUGAUGAGACCCGAGAAUGAGGAGCUGGUCAUGGUGGACUCCAACCACGUCGAGUAUCGUUACAGCAAGGAGAUGCCCCUGAUAUUCAUUGGUGGGGUCCCACGGAGCGGCACAACACUGAUGAGGGCCAUGCUCGAUGCCCACCCUGAGGUGCGCUGCGGAGAGGAGACCCGCAUCAUCCCCCGUGUGCUGGCAAUGCGGCAGGCCUGGUCCAAAUCGGGGCGAGAGAAGAUGCGUCUGGACGAAGCGGGGGUGACGGACCAAGUUUUGGAUGCCGCUAUGCAGGCCUUUAUACUGGAAGUGAUCGCCAAGCAUGGCGAGCCAGCCAGGUAUUUGUGUAACAAGGACCCCUUCACGCUGAAGUCCUCUGUCUACCUGUCCAGGCUGUUCCCCAAUUCCAAAUUCCUCCUGAUGGUUCGAGAUGGCCGGGCUUCAGUCCACUCCAUGAUCACACGGAAAGUGACGAUCGCGGGCUUCGACCUGAACAGCUACCGAGACUGCCUGACCAAGUGGAACAAAGCCAUCGAGGUGAUGUACUCCCAGUGCUUGGAGAUCGGGCGGUCCCGGUGCCUGCCCGUCUACUACGAGCAGCUGGUGCUGCACCCUGAGCAGUCCAUGCAUGCCAUCAUGAAGUUCUUGGACAUCUCCUGGAGCGACACGGUGCUGCACCACGAGGAGCUGAUAGGGAAGCCCGGCGGGGUGUCACUUUCCAAGAUAGAAAGAUCAACAGACCAGGUUAUCAAGCCGGUGAACAUGGAGGCAUUAUCUAAAUGGAUCGGGCACAUCCCAGGGGAUGUGCUGCAGGACAUGGCCCACAUCGCACCGAUGCUCGCCAGGCUCGGCUACGAUCCCUAUGCCAACCCACCCAACUACGGCCACCCCGACCCCUUAGUUGUCAACAACACGCACAGAGUUUUAAAGGGGGAUUAUAAAACGCCAGCCAAUUUGAAAGGUCAUCUGCAGGUGACUCAGAACACAUCAUCUUCUCACUAAGAAAAUUAAUGAUUUCCAGAAUGCUGCAACUGGCCUUUUGUUGUCCAACAAAGAAGAGUUUGCAAUGGCACCAGUGGAAAUCGGUUAUCCAAGCAUAUUGCUUGCUAAUACUAUUGCCAAAAUGACUGCUAUACGAGGAAUGUAUUUGCAUUUAUUUGCAAAGGCCAAA